UAACAAUAAAGGGAUACCCAAUAAGGCUAAAUGAACAAUAGGGCUACGAAUAUCAGUGACUGAAUUGUCUACGAAUUAUUAUUUUCCUUUUAUAUGUACUACAAACAAUUUUUGAAUUAAAAAAAAUUGGUUAAACCUGAACAUUAAAUAAAGAUCUACUUCACAUUUCACGGGAAGGAUUCGUUGUAUCACCACGUCACAUAGACACGGUUACCAUACAUCCGUGUGCACACCUGUGCAUGAAAAGACAACGCGUGAGAAGAAAAUGGCAGGUGCUGGAACGUGGAUGAUAAUUCUCGGAUUAUACGCAUUAUACUCCCUAACACACGCACAGGAAUUACAAGUGAUUCGGUUUAGUAAUUCGACGGAAUUCGAAGUGAGGUGCUUAUUGGGAUAUUUCGAGUCCAGUACUGGCGAUCUAGAACACGACUGUUGUCACUACUACCAAUGCGUUGACCACGGCAACUCCGCAUACGUACGUACAUGCAUGUACCCGACAGUCUGGAACAUAGCGACGUGUUCAUGUGAUCAUCGCUUCGCUCGCCCUGAUUGUGAAAACACUCCGGAUAGCUGUUAUGAUGAGCCACUUGCAGACACAAAUUGUUCCAGUAAGACUUUCGACCCCGAUCUGAAUGAAUGUUGUAUCAAUGGAGAUGUUUACACUUCUUUGGAUCCAAACGUUGGUUAUAUGAAGUUUGGAGAGAGAUUCCCUACGUUUUGUUCAGAUGGUUUACAUUUUGAUCUUGAGGAGUGUGGCUGUGUAAAUGGAGAAUUGGACAACGAGACAGACACCGAAGAUACAAAUCCUGACUGUCUUCACUGGGGAUUCGAUUUGGACUUCUCCGAUGAUUUAAAGUCAACAUGGGUGAAUCGAGGGAGCUUAAGAUUCCGAGGCCCAGGUGUAUUAAAUACGAAAGCGUACAUAGAGGCUAGUGGAGGCCAACCUGGAUUCAUUCCAUACUUUACGAAGGUUGACCUAGGGAGCGAAAUAACGAUUUCAGUCUGGUAUAGAACCCAGAUAUUCGAAGGAUUCCUUUUCGAUAAUUUUGACGACAGAGAUGGUGAAUCGACACUUGAGUUUUCAUUACAGCAAGCGUCUGAGAUAAAUGGAGGUGUCCCCCCGGAUCUACCCGAAGUUCAGAAUGACGAACUGAUACGGGAAGAGUCGAAUAUAGCAAUGGUCACAUUGGGCUCUGGCAGGCCAAUGGAGAUACAAUUACCUGGUAAUGGAGUGGUCCAGAACGAUGAUAUAAGUUUAACCAACCAGUCACAUUCAGUCUGGAACAAUGUGAUUGUCGUUUUGAAAGACCAGGUCAUAAAACUCUAUAACAAUGGUAGUUUUAUUGGAGAAGGUGUCGACGAGGAUGAAACGGCCCAUGGAAAUAGACUCCCUCUGGCUAUAGGGAGAAAUUACAGAGGGGAUCUUGAUGAGUUGAUCGUUUGUCGAUACGCUUGGACGGCUAACCAGGUUGAACGAUAUGUUGAAAAUGGGAAGAUCCCCAAAGGAAAAAAUGGAGAUAGGACGAGAAAGAAGAAGAAGAAAGAUAAGGUUGAUGAUAAUGAAGAUGACUCUUAACGGAUGCAAGUUUCAAUCAAAUACGCAGAAUGUUCCACUCUGUAUACCAGUUAUAUGAAUAAAUCAAAC